AUGGUAAUGAUACAAGCACCAUUGGAUAUAGUUAUGAAAAUAAAUGCAAUAAUAAAAAGAUUGCCAGGGUCAUUGAUAAAAACUGGGCCUGAUAGCAAUAGCAUAAAAUCUGAAAAUAGUAUAAUAAGUUGCAAAGAAAUUGGCUACCUAUCUGUGUUGAAUGACAAGAUAUUGCUAACAAUCAAGCCUACUAAGAAAAUGUCUUGUAAUGAUAUUGCUAGAAAGGAUAACUUUGGAGAUGAAGUUAUGAGAGUCUAA